AUGUUAUUCAAUAGAUUCUAUUUUUUGUUGUUACUCCAUUUAUGUUUAAUAAAUGGUUCAGAAAUUUCCAAAACAUGCAUUUGCAGGCAUGUUCAAAGUUAAAAGGACUGCAAAAAUUCUGGUGUUUGCAUCUGGGAAAAUGAUCUUUGUGUUUUAGAUUCUGGAAAAUCAUACAAUUCAAAGAUUAAAAAUUAGAAUCCGUGCAAAAACUAUGCUCAAGAAGAUUGUCGAGAAUUAGAAUAAUGUGGAUUUUAUUAUGGUGUAUGUAUCGACUUUGUAGAUUGCAACAUCUUCGAUAAAGAUAAAUGUUAAGAAUCAUCAUAUAAAUGUGUCUUUGAUGGUUAAAAGUGUGUACAAAUGUAAGAAUGUAGUGAUUAUAAAACGGAGAAUGCCUGUUCAAAUAAAAAUUAGCAUGGCAAAUAUUGUGUUUGGAUUUUGGGAACCGAGAAAAAAUGCACAGACGUCACAAUGUGUAAAUUUUUACCCCCCUAUUUAACCAAUCAUAGUAUGUGUAAGUCAGGGCUCGAUGGAUGUACAGUAAGCGAGAAAGGUUAUGGAUGUACUGAAUAAAUGGAGUCUUGUACCCAAUAUGUGAAUAAUUUUUAAUGCUUUGAAAGCAAAUCAAGAAAAGAUAAUUGUUUUUGGGAUUCAAAAAAUAGUAAAUGUGUUGAAAAGGUGUGUGAAAAUCUACCAUUUACUGAGGAUUAUGAAUGUAAGUCAUAUUUAAGUUAAUGUACAACUAAUGGAGUUCAUUGUGUAUUAAGGAGGCAGUGUAGUGAUGUUUAGAAUAAAUUUGGAUGUGUAACAGAUGUUUUGGGUUAAAAAUGUGACUAUCAUAAAAAUUAAUGUAAAAUAAAGAGUUGCAACACUGCUCCAGAAUCACUAACUAAUUAUCAAUAAUGUUAGGAUUAUGACAAUUUAUUGGAUUGUGUUACUUCAGAAAACAAAGGAUGUAAAAUUAGACCAACAACUUGCAAUGGGUAUGCUUAUGAAAUGGAUUGCUAUUCUUUAGAAUAAUAAGAUUGUGUGUGGUAUAAGAAAAAAUGCGAAUAAAGAUAAUGUUAUCAUGCUCCGGUUCAUUAUACUCAUAAAGAUUGUUAGGGGUAUGGGAAUUGUAUGGGGAAAUUAAAUGGAGGAUGUUAACAGACACCUUAUUUAUGUGAGGAAAUAUUGUAGGCCUAGUUUUGUGAAUUUACCUAUAAUAAAGAAAGGUGCAUUUGGGGCAAAGGAGUAUACGAAUCAUUAGAAUGUAAGAAAUUGAAAUUGCCAACCUACAAUAAUCAUAAAGCAUGCUAAAAGGAAAGUUCAUUUUGCACUUUUAAUUUACACUCUUUAGGGUGCACAGAGUAUUUAUGUGAAAAUGUUUUAGAGAUAGAAGAUUGUACGAUUGAUUCAAAUGGUACAAUUUGCACAUUGAACUAAGGAUGCAUAGAGAAGAAAUGUAUAACUGCUCCUCCAACUUAUGAUACUAAUUCAAAAUGUGAAGGGUGGAUGCCAAAAUGCACAGUUAAUGUAUAGGUUGUCUCAAAUUAAAAAAUCUUGAUUGGAUGUGUAGAUAAAAGAAGUACUUGUGAACUUGCAGCUCAAGAUCAAUGCUACUCAACACUUUCAGGAUAUCUGUGUAGAUGGAAUGGAAGUAGUUAAAAAUGCAUUUAUCAACUUUGUUAAGAUGCCAAUCCUAGCUUGUAUUUAACAAAUGAAGAUUGCCAAUAAUUUAAGGUGUUAUCUGGACCUUGUAUCAUUGGACCUUCUGGAGUUGGAUGUUACAAAUGGCCAACUAAUUGUACUGAAAUGAAAAGCCAAUAACAGUGUUAAUUGAAUAUAGAAAAUGGAACAAAGUGUUUUUGGGCUGGUACUUAUUGUAAGCAAUAAGAAUGUUCAGAUGCUCCUAAACUUAAUUACACCAAUAAUGUUUAAUGUAACAAUUGGUCAGGUAAUUGUAUUUUUGACCAUUCUCUCGGUGGAUGCAUAGAUAGAAUUAAUUAAGUUGCUUGUUCAUCUACUCCAAAUGUUGUCAUGUAUAACAAUCAUGCAGAAUGUUAUGUAAGGAAUCAAAAUUGUACUGUUGUUUCAUCUUUUAUUGCUGAAGGAUGUGAAAGGAAGAAAGCAACAUGUUAUGAGUACAUCAAGCGAAGAAAUUGUAAGACAACUCUAACUGGUUAACUGUGUUAUUGGGAUGAUUAAGGGCAAAAGUGCAUGAACGAGGACGAAGAUAAAAAUGGAGUUGCUGAUUGUGAGAAGAGAAUUAAUGGAGAAUUAACUCAUCAGGAUUGUGAGGAUUUCAUGCCUAAAUGUACAUUAAGUUAGAUUACUUUGUCUUGUAGUUAACUUUCAAAAUAUUGCGAUUAUAAAUAUCAAUAAUAGUGUAUAAUUAAUUUCGAUUAGCAACCUUGUAAAUGGGAUGAUUUGAAAUAAAUAUGUUAAGAUUUAGUUUGUGCUGAUAAUUCAACAUCUUAAACUGAGGCUGAAUGUUUAAUGUUCAGAUAGAGUAAUGAGUGUCAAUUAAAAAUUAAUCCUGAUGGGACUUAUGGGCCUGGAUGUGAAAAUAGACCCUAUACUUGUUAAGGAAUUACUGAUCCUGUGAUAUGUAAAUUAACUCUAACAACUUAAAAUGAUCGAUGCUAUUAUCAUACUUCCUAAUGCACUAUAGUACGAUCAAAAGAAUGUGAAAAAAUAUCUGAAAGUAAAAGUAAUGAGUUUUGUUAAUUAUAUAAUCCCUAUUGUGUUCUUUAACCAAGUGGAUAAGGAUGUUAUUCUAUUUAUUAAUGUGAUGAUUUGAGUAAGAGUUGUGUUAAUACGAUUAUGAGAUAUGGUGAUAGAUGCAAUUAAUAUAGUAAUUGUCGUAUUGAUAAUUGGUGUUCCGAUAAAGAAACAAGUUCUGAUAGUUGUGACAAAUAGAAAACGGUUUUAGGAUAAAAAUGUAAAUUAAAAAUUACUUGCGAAACCAGAUAUUGUAAAAAAGAAUGCGUCCAAGUGAUAGAAGAUUUCAUUUAUUCCUUUCCUUCUUAUUAUACCGAAUUGGAAAAGUAUUAAUUAUGUUAACAAUAUUCAACAUCAUAUAGCUAUGAUACAAAUUGUCACUGCUGCAAAAUAAUUAAAGAUUGUAGCACCUAACCAGAAUCUCUUUGUAAUUAAUCAAUUCUCGUUUAUGAAAAACAAUGUGGAUAUAGUUAAAAGUAUAAAUCUUGUUAAGAGAGAGUUUGCGAACAAUUAACAUCUGAUUAAGGCAUUUCAGAAUUAAUUUGCUAUCAGUGGAUGAGUAAAUGUGUUUUAGGGGCUACUAGUUGUAUUAGUUACAACAAUAAUUGUACAACUAUUGGUCUUAUUUAACAAUGUUAUUCUUAUUCAUGCCAUUGGUAAGAUGGUAAAUGUGUUUCUCAUGUUAAUUGUGGUCUUAACACAACUGCAGUAACGAAUCGAGAAUGUUUAUUAAGUAAUAGCACUUUUUGUAGAUUUAAUUAUGUACAAGGCUAAGGAUGUGCUUUUGUGAAUUGUGAUCUAAUUACAAGCGAAGCAAUAUGUAAUUAAGCAAAACUAGCAAAUGGUGCAAAAUGUAGAUGGGUCAAUUUCGAAUGCAAAUCCUUGUAGUGUUAUGAAUAUAAUCUAUAAUCAGAUUGUGAAAAUAGUUAUGGCUGGUUUUCCAAUUUUGCCCUAAAAUGUCAUUGGUGUCCAAUUGAUUCCAUUCAAUGUACUCCUAAUCCAUCCUGCAGUUAAAGUAUCAUAACAUCACCUAAAUCACAUUAAGAUUGCUACAGCAUUAAUGGCUUUAAAACAAUCAACUUUAUAAUGAACUCAAAAUGCACAGUCAAAUAAUAAUAAUGUUCAGAUUAUAAAUAUUAAGAGGCUUGCGUAAGUACGAUAGAUGGUAUCGACUGUUAUUGGUAUUCUAAUGCUUGUAUAUGGUAUUACGAAGCUGCGGUUUAAUUAAUAUCUACAUAUACACAUUCAUCAUGCCAAAGUUGGAAGGAUUCUUAUAUGUCUUUAAAUAACUUGGGAUGCCAACCUCUAGAUUGCUCAUAGUUAACAAUAAAUGCAGAUUGCACUAUUUUUACUAAAAAGUGUUUUUGGGAUGGUUAAAUUUGCUAAAGUAUUAAGGAAUGUAACAAGUACUCUAAUGGCUCCUUGUGUUUAAAUACGAGCAAUUCAUAAGGCAUCCCAUGCUUUUGGGAUGGUACUAAAUGCAUAGAAAAAACAUGUUCAAAUAAGCCAACUCCUUCAAUUAGCCAAGCAGAAUGCAAUAGUUGGUUGAUUAACUGUUAAUAUAAUAGCAAUAAUAAUCGAUGCUUAGAAGUUUGUACUUAAGCUGAUAUUUCAAAUAAAACUCAUGAACUAUGCGAAUCCUAUUAUUUAAAUAAAAGUUGCACAGUCAAACUAGAUAUAAUUCAAUGUGUAGACCUUCCAAUUGCUUGUUCUUUUGCAAAGAAAAAUUAAUGUUAUAAAGAUUAAUCUGGAAAUGAGUGCUUCUAUUAAGAAUCCUUAAGUAAGUGUGUUAAUUUAACAUGUUCAAUUUUAUAAUAUACAACACAUGAAAAAUGUAACCAAAGAUUAAAUUCUUGUACAGUUAAUUCAACUUUAGAUGGAUGUCAAUAAUUAAAUGUUUGUAGUAGUUAUUCCAUAAAAGAUUAAUGCUAAAUUGAUUCAAAUAAUGUAGAAUGUUAAUGGAUGAUAAAUUAAAAUAAAUGUACAAAAAAGGAGUGUUUAACUGCACAAUUACUUAUAUAUUCAGUUCAUAGUUGUAAUUAAUAUUUUGGAAAAUCUUGUACUGUAAAUGAAAAUUUGGAUGGAUGCGUGAUUGGUCAAUCUUUGUGCAUGAACUACUCAUAUAAAUAAUGCAAAAGUUUAGGGCAAAAGAAUUUAAGUGGAGUAGAAUGUUUCUGGAAUGAUGAGAAGAAUAUUUGUUUAGAGAGGAUUUGUGACAACGGACCUUCGCUUGCCAAAAAUAAUUCUGAUUGUAUUGGAUUUCUCUCUACAUGUUAAAAAGGUGGUUGCCGAAUAAAAGAUUGCUAUGAUUAUAGUUAUGCUAUAGAUUCAGCUUGUGCAUCAAUAUUCUAAAGCAAAAAAUGUGCGACAAAUGGAUAUUAAUGUGUUUUUAGAAUGGCUUGCGAAGAUGUUAGUGUUAUUGAUGGCUGUACAUUUGAUAUCAAACUCAAUCCUUGUGUCUGGAUUGAUGAAAAAUGUUAUACAAAAUCUUGUAAAACUGCAUCAAUUUCACUGAUAAAACAUUAAGAGUGCAAUUCUUAUUUUCCAACUUGCACAGUUAAAUAUGGAGGAGGCUGUGCUAAUAAACAAAAUUGUCAAAAUUACUAAAUAAAAGAGGCCUGCAAAAUUGAUAGUGAAAACGAUGAAUGCAUAUGGGAUGAUAAUCUAAAUUUAUGCUUUUCCAAUCAAUGUAUGGAUUUCUGUGGAGAUGGCAUUGUAUCUAGUCGAGAAGAAGAAUGUGAUGAUGGCAAUUAUUUACCCUAUGAUGGCUGUUAUAAAUGCCAAGUUUAAUGCCCAUAAGGAUGUAAUGUUUGUAAUGGUUUGAUAUGUGAAGAUUGUCAAAAAAAGGGAUGGUUAUUGAUUAAUGGCUCGUGUAUUUCAAUAUGUGGGGACGGUUAUACAGUUGGAAAAGAAUUUUGUGAUGAUGGAAAUGAUAUUGAAUUUGAUGGAUGUCAUUAAUGCUCCUAUUCUUGUCACUAAAAAUGCCUUAAUUGCUUCUAAGGACUAUGUUUGCAAUGCGAGUAGGGAUACAAAGAAGAUGAGUCAUAAUGUCAUAAUAUUUGUGGGGAUGGUGUCCUUAUUGAAAAAUUAGAAAAAUGUGACGACGGAAAUAGUUAAAAUAAUGAUGGAUGCAGUGAUACUUGUUAAGUUGAAUAUAAUUGGAAAUGCUAAUAAGAAAAUAAUAUUAGUUUAUGUAGCUAUAUUAUUCAACCAAAGAUUAUACUUACUUAACUCAAAAAAACAAACUAUGAUUAUUAAGAGUUCUUAUUAAAAUUUUCGGAGCAAGUACGUUUGAACAUAAACAACAUUAGCGAAGAACAAUUUCUCCAAAUGAUUAUUGUUGUUAUUGAAGAUGCCAAAGAUAACUAAUACGAUGUUGAAAUUAAACCCCUGAUACCUAUUUCUACUGUAUUGACUGAAGUAUCCUAUAAGAUAUUAGUCUAUUUUAAAAUUAAGAUUUCAAAUCCUGUGUUAAAAGUGACAGUAAGAUGUGAGAAUAUUGUAAAUGAUAAAGACAAUACCUUACUCUCUGAUGAAAUAAAGUUAGAAUUAUCAACUCCUAACAAAAUGUCAAAUGAUGGAUAAUCCUUUAUUUCUAAAACAGCUCUGCUAAGUAGAAUUGUUAUGUAUAUCAUCUUGAUCAUAAGUGGUAUUGCUUUUUUGGCUGGUAAUUUAGAAAUUAUAUGGAAUCUCCUUGAUAUGCUGUAAUAAUUAUCAUAUAUGAAAUUUCACAACCUUCAAUUCCCAGAAAACUUGUCCGUCUAUUUUGAAAUAUUUAAUAUUGGUUAAUUUACUCCAAUAACAAAUACAUUAUAAAUAAAUAUACUGUUACAGGGCACUUUUGAUUUCCAAAUCCCAAUUAUACCAGCAAAAUAGAAAUUUGCAUAAUAUUAAAUAAAUUGCUAUUUUUUGAACAAUUUGUAAACUCUAGUCGCUGUAAUUAUAAUUGGAUUUGCUUAUUAUUAUAUCUCAUAUUACUUUUAUAAAUUCAUUGUUCUAAUUUAAUAAUAAAAAUUGGUAGUUAUUUUUUAUUAAAGUGAAUCUAAAAUUAUAAUUAAAAUUAUCAGAUUGAUUUUUUAGUUAUAGAAGUUAGCAAGAAAAUACUAUCAGUAUUUUAUUUACUCUGGAUUAAUCAGAAUUUUUACAUCUAACUUUUAUGAGUUAACCUUUGCAUCUAUUUUAUAAAUUGUUAAUUACAAUACCGAAACUACCUUAAAUGCAACCAUCUCACUAAUUGCUCUAAUUACAUUGUAAGUGAAUCUAUUCCUGAUAGCGUACUUUUUUUAUUCUCUAAGCAAAAAAGGAAUUGUGCCUCAGACAUUAUCAGCUUUAGUGGAAGGAAUUAAUAAUACUGUCCAAUAAGGAACUAAGUAAUAUUUUACUAUAUUGCUGAUUAAAAAAACAUUAUUCAUUAUUAAUUUAGUUGUAUUUUAAGACCUUUUUGCUGUUUAGAGUAUAAUCACAGCUUGUUUAUCAGGAAUAUUCUCUUGUUAUAUUUACAUUUGUAAACCAUUUUGGAACAAUUUUGAAAAUAUGAAAAUAUUCUUCACAGAAAUUAUGAUUAUGAUUAAUGCAAUUAUUUUUUCUGUUUACGAUAUUAUCAAAUUUAAUUCAACCAAAGAUUCAGCUGAUGUUUUAGGUUGGAUUAAUGUAGGUGGUUUCACAAUUAUUCUGAUUGUCACUUUAGCUAUUGAUGUUUAUCAACAAUUACAAAAGUAUAUAUCGUAAUUCAAAAACUGUGUUGGAAUUGAAUAGAACUAAAUUAUAAGAAAAUAAAAGUCAAUCUUUACAGCAGUAUGA